UGAGGAUAUCCGUCACAAUACAAUGAGUCAUGUUGCACUGGCAACGACACACGGCGGUGGAUGCAGUUAUAUUCCCCGACAUAAAACUCAUAAACAUGGCGUCUCGGCCUUCCACUACAGUGUUGUGAUUACUUGUAGGUAUAGAACGACCAUGGUCCAUGGAGGGAAGAAAACGUGGCAGCACUGCUAAGCUUGAGACACACUUGAGUCAACCUCAGACUGAACAGUCAUUUUCUGACACCUCAUUCUUGAUCCCAAAACAGAAACCUGGCAAUUCCGAUCCUUUUGCUGCGGAUCGCAAGGACGACCGAGCUUUGAUUGCAAGCCUGUAGCUAACCAGCAUAGUGGACUCAGGCUGCAUGAUCAUAGCGCAUAAUAGACGGGAAAGGAAGUGCUGAAAGAAUAUCAGGAUUAUCUACAAGGUCUCACCAUAUCUAGUCGAGAUUUAUUUGCAAAGCUGCCAACAAGACGCUGUAUAAACCAAUCCGAUGGCUACAGACAUCCAAGACACCUCUACUGGUAGUACGGAGACCAAGCAGUGUCCGAUAUGCUUGGCAGAGAUCACAGGCGACGAGGUAGUCCUGGACAAAUGCAAACAUCGAUUCUGUAAAUCUUGCAUCGCUCGAGCAUUGAAGAGCAACUACAGAUGUCCUGUAUGCCGCAAGGAGUGCGGUGAGCCCAGAGGGAACCAGCCCAAUGGAACAAUGAAGAGUGAGACUGCCUCGUAUUUUCAUCUCCCUGGUUAUCCCGACGAUAAUGUUAUCACUAUACGGUAUAACAUACCGAGUGGGAUGCAAACAGCUGAUCAUCCCAACCCAGGCAGCCAUUUCACCGGCAUUACACGCACCGCCUUCCUACCUGACAACCAAGAAGGCAAGGAGGUUCUUCGUCUUCUUGAGAUAGCAUUCGAAGCACGCCUUGUGUUCACGGUCGGACGGUCGGUCACCAGCGGUCAAGAGAACAUUGUGACCUGGAAUGACAUUCAUCAUAAAACCAACAUGUCUGGCGGACCAACAAGGUACGGCUAUCCUGACCCUGAUUACCUGAAGCGAGUCAAGGAAGACUUGGCAGCAAAAGGCAUCGUGUGAAUUGGAAGCAGUAGGCCUAGAUGGCCCUUUCACUGUUUGAAAUAAAUGUACAUUAAAGUUAAGCGACCAUGAUGACCCCCUCCCCAUUAUUUCACGGGUUGUGCUUUCACGGAAAACAUACCAUAACACGAAUUUAGUCCCUGGAACACGAAUAUCGAUGCGCAUAGGAUUUUAGUACAAACACUUUUUUGUGUUGUUGCACUUGAGAGAUAUAUGGGGUCUAAGAUAGGAAAAUCGUGGGGAAUUAAAACACAGCAAGUGUUGCCCAAACCGCUCUUAAUUUAAACCUGCCAUAUCUGCGGGCUUCCAUAUUUAGCGUUUACAUUUUUUUGAUUUGUAAGUAACGUUUUCUUAUAAACUACUUAUAAACUACUUAUAAUGUUCCAAUGUGUUAUUAAAAGAAAACAUUUAGAAUGCAUGUAGUUGUAAACUUUGACUGGAUCAAAUGGGGAAAAAAUGAGGAAUCUGAUGGGAAAACACCAGGAAUUUCGACAGCCCUUUUCCUCAGGAAGCCAAGCCACAGUAAGAUCGACCCAAGUCAAUCUAGAUACAACAGAGUGUUAUAAGUACACAAGAGUGAAUUUAUGCAUAUUCCAUAUUGCCAUAAAGUCGCAUCCGGCAUGUUGCGUCUGCCAAUAAAAAAAAAAGGAAAUGGAGGUCAGAUGUCACCCAACAAUGAAUUGGG